GCCCUGACAAAGAGAAGCGGUUCUCACCGCGCACAGUGACGCCACUGCGCGCCACGUCAGCGACCGUUUGCGUUGUUACUAAGCCCUUCUUCCACCUGGUUACCAGCGCGCAGUCCUCUCCUGCUCUGUCCUUCAGUGUCGGCCGCCGGGUGCUGCAUUCAGCUGACAUCACCGGCAGUUAGUAUGCCGCUGGGAGAGGCAAUUUUGAGUUAAAGAGCAUCAUUUUCAAAACGGCCCCCCACCCGCACACCUGUUCUUGCAAGCGUUAUUUGGAGCAGUCUUCUUGGGGCGGUGAGAGGGACGGGAGAAACACAUAGGAAGAAAAAGAAAUGGCUGAUAGAACUGCACCGAAAUGCCAGUUGCGGUUAGAAUGGGUUUAUGGUUACCGAGGUCACCAAUGCCGGAAUAAUCUAUACUACACGGCUGCCAAGGAGGUGGUCUACUUCGUUGCCGGAGUGGGAAUUGUGUACAACACCAGAGAACACACACAAAAAUUUUUCCUUGGUCACAACGAUGAUAUUAUCAGCCUUGCUUUACAUCCAGAAAGAAGUCUAGUUGCAACAGGUCAAGUUGGAAAGGAACCCUACAUCUGCAUUUGGGAUACAUACAAUGUACAGAUGGUAUCUAUUCUGAAGGACAUUCAUACGCAUGGAAUUGCUUGCUUGGCUUUUGAUUUUGAUGGACAGCGAUUGGCUUCCAUAGGACUAGAUGCCAAAAAUACAGCCUGCAUCUGGGAUUGGAGAAAAGGAAAAGUAGUAGCAACAGCAACUGGUCACUCAGAUAGGAUUUUUGAUGUUGCUUGGGAUCCACAUCAGACAAACAGACUUGUUAGCUGUGGAGUGAAACACAUUAAGUUUUGGACAUUAUGUGGAAAUGCACUAACACCCAAAAGGGGAAUUUUUGGCAAAACUGGUGACCUUCAAACUAUACUAUGUCUAGCUUGUGCUAAAGAUGAAGUUACCUAUUCUGGUGCAUUGAAUGGUGAUAUUUAUGUUUGGAAAGGGCUAAAUUUGGUUCGCACAAUUCAAGGAGCCCACGGAGCAGGAAUAUUUAGUAUGUAUCCUUGUGAAGAAGGUUUUGCUACUGGUGGGAGAGAUGGUUGCAUCCGACUAUGGGAUACUGACUUUAAACCAAUCACAAAAAUUGAUCUUCGGGAAACUGAACAGGGAUAUAAAGGAUUGUCAAUCAGAAGUGUUUGUUGGAAAGCAGACCGUAUUCUAGCAGGAACCCAGGAUAGUGAAAUAUUUGAAGUGAUGGUUCGAGAACGUGACAAACCACUCCUGAUAAUGCAGGGCCAUUGUGAAGGGGAACUUUGGGGUUUGGCAGCCCAUCCAAAGAAGCCAUUGGUUGUCACAGGCAGCGAUGAUCGAUCUGUCCGUUUGUGGAGUCUUGUAGAUCAUGCUCUUAUUGCACGUUGUAACAUGGAAGAGGCAGUGCGCUCUGUUGCUUUCAGUAGCGAUGGAUCACAACUUGCUUUAGGAAUGAAAGAUGGUUCCUUUACUGUACUUCGAGUCAGAGAUAUGACAGAGGUGGUCCACAUUAAAGACCGAAAAGAGGUAAUUCAUGAAAUGAAAUAUUGUCCAGAUGGAUCUUACCUUGCUGUAAGUUCGAAUGAUGGUCUAGUUGAUAUCUACGCAGUUUCACAGCGAUACAAGAAAGUAGGUGAAUGCAGCAAGUCAUCUAGUUUUAUUACACAUAUUGACUGGUCCAUUGAUAGCAAACAUCUUCAGGUCAAUGAUGGUGCUGGAGAAAGACUGUUUUACAAAAUGCCAUCUGGAAAGCAUUUAACAAAUAAAGAUGAAAUAAAAGGCAUUCAUUGGGCUACCUGGACUUGUGUUAUUGGACCGGAAGUAAAUGGAAUUUGGCCCAAGUAUACAGACAUCAUGGAUAUUAAUUCUGUGGAUGCGAACUUCAGCAGUGCUACUCUUGUGUCUGGUGAUGACUUUGGAUUGGUCAAGCUCUUCAGGUUUCCUUGUUUGAAGAAGGGAGCAAAAUUCCGUAAAUAUGUUGGACAUUCUGCUCAUGUGACUAAUGUACGUUGGUCCUAUGAUUUUCAAUGGGUAAUGAGUACAGGUGGUGCCGAUCACUCUGUAUUUCAAUGGCGAUUUAUUCCCGAAGGAAUGUCAAACGGGGGAUUUGAUAUAUCACAAGAAGGUUAUGUUGAUUCUAAUAGUGAAGAAUCUGACUCCGAUCUAUCAGAUGUUGCAGAAUUGGAUUCUGACAUUGAACAAGAAGUGCAGAUCAGUUAUGAACGUCAGGUUUACAAAGAAGAUCUACCUCAACUCAAACAGCAGAGCAAAGAGAAAAAACAAGCAGCAGCUCCUUUGAAAAGAGAGAGAGCCCCUGAAGGAAGUCUGAAACUGCAAUUUGUCCAUGGGUACAGAGGAUAUGAUUGUCGAAAUAAUCUCUUCUAUACCCAAGCCACUGAGGUGGUCUACCAUGUUGCUGCAGUUGCCAUUGUUUACAACAGACAACAGCAUUCGCAGAGAUUCUAUCUUGGACAUGAUGAUGAUAUCCUCAGUCUAGUCAUUCAUCCAGUUAAGGACUAUGUGGCCACUGGGCAGGUUGGACGGGAUCCGUCGAUACAUGUUUGGGAUACUCAGACACUUAAAUGUCUAUCAUUGCUUAAAGGACAGCACCAGAGAGGAGUAUGUGCACUUGAUUUUUCAUCUGAUGGGAAAAGUUUGGUAUCUAUUGGUUUGGAUGACAACCAUACUAUUGUUGUAUGGGACUGGAAAAAAGGAGAAAGACUAGCAACAUCAAGGGGACAUAAAGACAAGAUAUUUGUGGUGAAGUGCAAUCCACAGCAUGUUGACAAGCUUGUUACUGUUGGGAUAAAGCAUAUAAAAUUCUGGCAGCAUGCAGGUGGUGGUCUUACCUCUAAGCGUGGAGUAUUUGGUAAUAUGGGGAAACUGGAGACAAUGAUGUCAGUGACAUAUGGCCAAAUGGAAGAUAUGAUUUUUUCUGGAGCUGCAAGUGGAGAUGUUUACAUAUGGAAGAAUAACAUUCUACUCAAGACAGUCAAAGCCCAUGAUGGGCCUAUUUUUGCUUUACAUGCUUUAGAUAAGGGAUUUGUUACAGGUGGCAAAGAUGGUGUAGUUGAACUCUGGGAUGACAUAUUUGAAAGAUGUUUAAAGACUUACGCUAUCAAGAGAGCAGCCUUAUCCCCUGCCUCUAAAGGUUUACUUUUGGAAGACAAUCCUUCAUUACGUGCCAUUACAUUGGGUCAUGGGCAUAUACUCGUUGGAACCAAGAAUAGUGAAAUACUUGAAAUAGAUAAAAGUGGAUCCAUGACUCUGCUUGUUCAGGGUCACAUGGAAGGGGAGGUUUGGGGCCUGGCAGCCCAUCCUACACUUCCCGUCUGUGCUACUAUAAGUGAUGACAAAACAUUACGAAUUUGGGAACUCUCCUACAAUCAUCGUAUGUUAGCAGUGCGUAAACUUAAAAAAGGUGGAAGAUGUUGUGCAUUUUCACCAGAUGGGAAAGUCAUAGCUGUUGGGCUAAAUGAUGGAAGUUUUCAUGUAGUCAAUGCUGACACUCUGGAAGAUAUGGUGGCUUUUCACCAUAGGAAGGAAAAUAUAUCAGAUAUCAAAUUUUCAGCAGAUGCAGGGAAAUACCUAGCAGUGGCUUCCCAUGACAACUUUGUAGAUAUCUACAAUGUGCUUUCAAGUAAAAGAGUUGGCAUUUGUAAAGGAGCCUCUAGUUAUGUUACUCAUAUGGAUUGGGAUGCAAGAGGAAAGUUAUUGCAAGUUAACACGGGUGCCAAAGAACAUUUAUUUUUUGAAGCGCCAAGAGGGAGAAGGCAGACAAUUAGAAGUACAGAGAUAGAGAAAAUAGAUUGGGCUACAUGGACAUGUGUAUUAGGACCCACGUGUGAAGGAAUCUGGCCUACGCAUAGUGACAUAACAGAUAUCAAUGCAGCUUGUCUAACCAAAGAUGGAAAACAUUUAGUGACAGGGGAUGACUUUGGCUUUAUUAAGCUCUUUUCAUACCCUGUAAAGGGUCAAUAUGCAAGGUUUAAGAAGUAUGUGGGCCACAGUGCACAUGUCACGAAUGUGAGAUGGGCUCAAGAUGACAGCUUGUUGCUGUCAGUGGGUGGUGCUGAUACUGCUUUGGUGAUCUGGAGUCAGGAAACUGACGGAAACAGGGACAAGAAGCCUGUGGACAGCGAAGAAUCUGAUACUGACACUGAUGAGGAUGGAGGCUAUGACAGUGACGUUGCAAGAGAGAAAUCCAUUGAUUAUACAACCAAAAUCUAUGCAGUUAGUAUCAGGGAGAUGUCAGGCACAAAGCCACAUCUACAGCCAAAAGAAGUCUCAACAGAGGAAAGACCAACUGUCAGCAGAGCUGCUCCACAACCAGACAAACUACAAAAGAACAAUAUUACCAAGAAGAAGAAAGUAGUGGAGGAAUUUGUAUUGGAACAUGUUUUUGGAUAUAGAGGCUUUGACUGUCGCAACAAUCUUCAUUAUCUCAAUGAUGGAACUGAUAUUAUUUUUCACACAGCAGCUGCAGGCAUUGUUCAGAAUCUGUCAUCAGGUCUGCAGAGUUUUUAUGUGGAACAUACAGAUGAUAUACUUUGUUUAACUGUCAACCAACACCCAAAAUACAAAAAUAUUGUGGCAACUGGACAAAUAGGUGAUAUUACAGAAUUACCAGGAGCAACUCCAUCCAUUCAUGUAUGGGAUGCCAUAAGCAAGCAGACACUUUCCAUCCUGCGUUGUUCUCAUAAUAAGGGUGUCUGUUAUGUUAACUUCAGUGCUACAGGCAAGCUGCUGUUAUCAGUGGGCAUCGAUCCUGAACAUACCAUCACUGUUUGGAGAUGGCAAGAAGGUGCUAAAGUUGCAAGCAAAGCAGCCCAUAGUGAGAGGAUAUUUGUGGUUGAAUUUCGCCCAGAUUCAGACACACAAUUUGUAUCUGUGGGGGUGAAGCAUAUCAAAUUUUGGACUUUAGCUGGUGGUGCGUUGCUUUCCAAAAAGGGAAUAAUUGGCAAUAUGGAUGAUGCAAAGAUGCAAACCAUGUUAUCUGUUGCCUUCGGUGCAAAUAACCUUACUUUCUCUGGUGCCAUAAACGGGGAUGUAUAUGUCUGGAAAGAUCACAUUGUAAUCAGAGUUGUAGCAAAAGCCCAUAUAGGACCUGUCUUUACAAUGUACACAACAUUAAGAGAUGGCUUAAUUGUCACAGGAGGCAAGGAAAAACCGACAAAAGAAGGAGGUGCAGUAAAACUCUGGGAUCAAGAAAUGAAGCGAUGCCGAGCAUUCCAGCUGGAGACAGGACAACCUUUGGACAUUGUUCGUUCAGUUUGCAGAGGAAAGGGGAAAAUACUAGUAGGAACAAAAGAUUGUGAGAUAAUUGAAGUUGGGGAAAAGAAUGCAGCUUCAAAUAGCCUGAUCGAUGGGCAUAUGGAAGGAGAGAUUUGGGGCCUUGCUACACACCCGUUGAAAGAUCUCCUGAUCUCUGCAAGUGAUGAUGGUACAAUAAGAAUCUGGGACUUGGCUGAUAAAAAAUUGCUAAAUAAAGUGAACCUUGGAUAUGGUGCUAAAUGUGCUGCAUACAGUCCUGAUGGAGAAAUGGUAGCGAUUGGGAUGAAAAAUGGAGAAUUUAUUAUACUCUUAGUCAAUUCUUUGAAAGUGUGGGGCAAGAAACGAGAUCGAAGUGCUGCCAUCCAGGAUAUCAGUUUUAGCCCCAAUUCCAUGUUCCUGGCAGUAGGUUCGGCAGAAAAUACUGUUGAUUUUUAUGAUCUCACACAGGGGCCUACUUUAAACCGAAUAGGCUACUGCAAAGACAUUCCUAGUUUCGUUAUCCAAAUGGACUUUUCAGCUGACAGCAAACACAUUCAGGUGUCCACAGGUGCCUAUAAGCGUCAGGUACAUGAAGUUCCAUCAGGAAAGCAAGUAAUAGACCAGGCAAUAAUUGAAAAAAUCACAUGGGCUACAUGGACAAGCAUUUUAGGAGAUGAAGUCCUCGGAAUUUGGCCUCGAAAUGCAGAGAAAGCAGAUGUCAACUGUGCCUGUGUAUCUCAUGCUGGGUUAAACUUAGUGACAGGGGAUGACUUCGGUUUGGUGAAACUUUUUGAUUUUCCUUGCACUGAAAAAUAUGCCAAACACAAGCGUUAUUUUGGACAUUCUGCACACGUGACAAAUGUACGUUUUUCCCAUGAUGACAAGUACGUUGUUAGUGCUGGUGGUGAUGACUGCAGUAUAUUUGUUUGGCGAUGCCUUUGAAGAAAAAAAUAUCCAGUGGCUAUUUCUUUCAAAAGAUGGAAUCCUAAAUGCCUCAAUAACAACUUGGCUGCUAGAAAGCAAAAAUGCUUAAAAAGGUGCAUAUAUUUUAAAAAGGUGUUUGUAUAAAUUAUCAAUUGUGUCCACAAAACAUAUUGUGAUUGUGAAGCCUGUGAUGUGAAUGCCACUGAAGAUGCUGAAAAUGAGAACUCAAUGCAGAUUGCAUUAGGACAAAACUGAUGCAAUGGUAAUUUUUUACUGUAAAAUAUAAAAGAUGGACAGGAUAACUAGUGUAAAGGAAACCACUUGGCUGUGGUUUUUGAUGACACCUUUAGCAAGCAAGCAUGUAUUGAGAGCAAAUGCAGACCUUGGUACUCAGCAUGUCCCUCAACAAAACGUAACAUGCGUGGCUUGUGAGGAUGAUUAUCAGAGUGGUUUUAAAACUGGACUGAUGCAGCAAAAUGUGAUCUCAUUCUACAGCAAGAUGAAAUUUGCUAAAUUUUGUUUGUUCAUAUAUACAUUUUUAUGCAAGAUCAAAUGUACAAAUUAUUUUGUUUGUAGAGGCUUUUAUAAGUCUACAUAACUCUUACAAGGUGCAAAAGGCUUGUUUCACAAAUACAACAGGGCUGAUUCAUAUGUAGCUAUAAAUUGCUGCUAAGUAAUCAGUCACUUUAUUUCAUCUUGCAAGUAUCUUUACUACAAAAGAUCAAAAUUAUAGAAAAGAUUAAAAUUAAAGGUAUUCCAAAGAAUUCUUUUUACUGUUGACCCUAUGUCUUUAUUCAGGGAAGUUCUACUGAAGCAAGGGUUAGAAUUCUUAAAUAGUGUUGUAGCCAGAUCAGUUUGGUUUGGCUGAGAAGGGAUUCUUGUGUUCAGGUAUGAUUGUGAUACUUUUCCCCAGUUUUUCUGUUCAUCUACCUCAUUGUAAUCCUGGAUUCAUUUUCAUGGUCCAGGGUAACUGGACACCCGGCAGGUGGAAGAUUGGGUUAAGAUGGAGGCGAGGAAUUCACUGCUAAGCCCUCUUCACUUACAUAAUGUUGGAACAUAAUUGCCACCAACAUUAAGCGUAUCAGUUAACAGUUCCAGGGUGAUUAUGACCCAAAACAUAUUUUGGUAGACAGGUUGGGACUUUUGAUGACAUUUAUAUGAAACAAGUGAUGGAGAUAAUCAGCAAUGUUAAAGCACAAUCAAAUGGGAAGGGCUGCUAUAUAUAUGCUUGUAAUGUGUUUUUAAAAAAGGCUCAUCUCCAAAUUUUGAUCAGUUGGUGUUUUUUUUUACACAGCAAAGUUGUUUGAUUUUUUGCCAAAUAAGAAUGUUGAAUCUGACUUCCUUGGCCUAUAUAGCUGGUGUAUUCUUAGUUAUUAUAAAUCUUGUUAUAAAUUAAACUACCAUUUGCAUGGGAGCAAUGGUUGAAGGUCAAGCUAGAUUCAUGUGUAAUUUACCAGAAUGAUCCAGAAAUAAAUACUUAAGUUACAUGUACAGAAUGGAGAAGCUGGGGUUGUUCUCCUUGGAACAGAAGGGGAUCCAAAGGAGUAUUUUAAAUUACUGAUGUAUAGUCAACAUUGUUAGAAACGGCUUUCUCAUUUGAUAUACCCACCAUACCCUUCAUGUUCCUUUUUAAAAUCUUUCCUCUUUCAUUUUAUAUCUGAUUCCCUUCCUCUGGGGAAAAGGACAGUGUCUAGGCCCUUCAAGAUUUUGUACACCUCUAAGUUCAGACACUAGUCUCCUAUGCUCAAAUGAAUGGAAACUUAAGACUGCUCAAUCCCAAAGGUGGCAAAUUUUAUAAAAUUCUUCAGCCCUAACAGAAGGUAGGAGAAUGGGCUAAAAUAGGAGAGGAAGUCACUAUUAAGCCUUCUCCAGUUACAUAAUGUUGGAACAUAAUUGCUCAUCUUUGGGUCUAACAACUUACACGUAAAUUUUCUUUUGUGCUCUUUUGGCUUAUUGGCAUUGUUCCUAUACUUACCUUAGCCCAGAUGGGAUUGUAGGAAUCAUUGCUGAUUAGCAACUUUGAACUAGGUCCCAAUAUUCAAACUGUUUUCUUCAAAUAGUAUGCUGUUGCAUUGAAGGCGGUGGUGAAUUUUACAUGUCUUUCUUUGCCAAAUAGUCUUUUCCUGAACUCAAUGGCAAAGGUACAGAGGUACAAAAGUACAGCAUAUAAAUACAGGCCUCAACUCCAUACUGCAUUUCAACUACUGCAUUUGGAAAACAUCAGGACCAAAGUGUAAUCGCAGUGAGUUGAAUAUCCCACUAGCUAGUCCACCUGCAAACUUGUCCCAUCCCUGACUCUAACUACUACCCAAGCCCAGAUAUGUCCACGAGCUCUGGGUACAAAAUAAUUUUCAGGAUUAUACAGAAUAACAAGCCAGUAAUAGGCAAAACAAUCAUCUGGGUUUAAUUCUCUGAUUUAUAAAAUCCCUAGGUGGUCAAAUGAUAAGAGCUUGGUCCCUGUUCCUGAAAUCAAAUAGAUUGAAACUAUCCUGCAAUAAUUUAAAGUUCCCAUUUACUAUAUAAUUUUAUUAAGUUACAACAUUAUAGUUACAAUAAUUUCAAUUAGUUGAAAAGAAAGCUAAAGCAAAAUAAAAUCACUACUGAUUACUGAAAAUACAUUUUUUUUGUUUGCACAUCCUUUUGGGGUAAGUAAUGUAUUGUUAGUGUGCAAGUAAAUAUUAAUACCCACUGAGAAGUGUCUGCUAAACCCAAACAUCUUGAAGCCAUUUUGCACCUCAGAAAAGGUAUCCCUUAACUUACAACUUCUAAAUUGUGUGCCAGCAUUGUGCAAUAAAGAAUUUCUUUAACAAUUUGAAAAAGGUAGCACAACCCCAUACUGCUGUUGUGUCUGCGAAGCUGCCUUUUUCCCCCCUUGCCAUAGUUUUAUUUGUACGUGUACAUUAACUUUACUAAUGAGUCAUCCAUUGGACUUGGGAAAUUCUUUGCACAAGUGCCUUUGUACAAUUCUACAUACAAUUACCUAUUGAUUUAGUUGUGCAAUACAAACUGUACAUGGUGCUAUUGAUUUUAGAAAUAGUGAAAUGAUGUUAGGACAAUGUCCUAUUUGAAUUUGGACUUAAGUGAUCAGUAAUGUAUAUAAAAUCAAUACUUUUAGCAAUAGUUAAAUAUUACAAUUUGGAAUGUGAUUGCAAUGCCUUUUCUUUGCAGAUUAAAUUAUUUAUAGUUAAGAAAAUAGUUAUUUAUAGCUAAACAAGAAAAUCUAAAUAAAUGGCAAACAAUUGCAUAGGCAUAUUUUAGCUUCUAAUUCACAAAGUAUUUGCAAGGUCUGUCUGAACCUGAAAAUGCAAAUCUUAACGCUGCAUUUAUGGAUGAAAUUAAUCUGUUUUUCACAUAGUUGAUGUAUGUAAUUGAUCCUGGUUUGGCCAUACAUAGUGCAAUGCCCUGCUGAAUGGAGUAUUCUAUAAAACCUUAACUUCAGUGUGGAUUAAAAAAAAAUCAAUCUAAUAUAUUUCAGCACCUUCAGUGGACUAACACAUUACAGCUUUACAAUAUCUUCACCAUUCAAGAAGUGUUGCCUUAUAAUGUUUGAGAGUGUGGACUAUUCAACUAAGUGUUUAAAUUCAGCAAGCCAAAGCUCACUAUGCAGUUUAGCCACUAGUAUGGUGGUUUGAGAGUAGUGUGUCAUAACAAAAUUAAUUAAUAAUUUUAAUGAAAUGUUUGUAUUAUUUACAGUGUGUAUUUGUGCUUACUUCUGUCUUUCAAUAUUUGAUAUAUUUUGGGAUUUUUUUUGAUGUAUAAAGAUAGGUACAAUUAUCAAGACAUUGACAUGAUUUUAUAUAUAUUAGAAUAAAAUAGCAAUAUUAUAUCCAUGGAAACUUAAGUACCUGAUUGAAAGUGGAAAAACUAAUUUUUGAUUCAUUUUGAAAAAUUCUUACAUUUUUCUAUUUGAUUUUUAAAUUGCAAAUGUAUCAUUGAUAAAUUUGUUAUACAUUGUAAAAUAAUGAAUUGUAUUAUAAUGUAAUAUUAAACUGCAUCAUGCAUGAAAUUUAUUUUUUAAAUUAAGAAUCAAUUGUUUGGGCUUAAAUGAAGUAAUAGGAUCCAAGUGUCACUAAUGUAGCAACAGAUUUUAUCAGAGUGUGGUCAGUUUCUUUUAUACAAAAAUGAAGUCAUGCUUUAAUUUUUAAUGUUUUGGUAUGAAUAUGAUAUCCAACAACUAAUAAAACAGUACUUUUACCACAUUAAAAAUGCAGUUAAUUUCAAGAUAAUGCAAAAUCAUUUAGCCAAUUCAUAUUGCUGAUGGGAGAGAAACUUAAAAAUGCGAAA